AUGGAGGAACUCCUGUCCAAGCAUCGCAAAGAGCAAAAAGAUCUGCAAGGAAAGAUCACUCAAAAGAAAAAGUCCGCCACCAAGAAAACUCGCAAAGGCGUCAACGAUGAAUGCGAACGGAUGCAGCAGGAGCUUUCCGAAAAACACAAGGCCGAGGUCGCUCAUCUGAAUGGGGAUCCAGUCGAAGGACUAGAAGAUCUCAACCUGGAAGAGGAACAAACAAACGACGAGUCAAACGAAGAUAAACCACCCCAAAAGCAAGCACCACCCACCGAACCAACCCCCGAACCCACCACCACACCAAACGGCAAGAAGCCAAACCGCCAAAAAGCUCGCCUUGCCCGACGCGCCGCAGAGCAAGAAGCUGCCUCUGCCGCCGCCGCAGAAGAAGCCAAAACGCAAGUCAACUACCGCGGCAACGAACAAGAAGUAAUGGACGCAGUCUUCAAAAAGCUCAACCUAAAAGAAGUGGAAAUAACCCCAGACGGACACUGCCUCUAUUCAGCAAUCGCGACACAACUCGACGAAUCUGGUCUAGGUCUACGUCCCGAUCCAAGCCGUAUCAUCCUCCAGCCCUCAACACAAUCGCGCAUCGACACCGUCGCCUCGCCGCAGCAUGACGGGUAUAGAGCCGUGCGCGCAGUCACGGCUGACUUUAUCGCGGAGCAUAAAGAGGAUUUCGAGGCGUUUAUGGAGGAGCCUAUUGAUUCUUAUACGCGCAAGAUUAAAUUGACGGCUGAGUGGGGUGGGCAGUUGGAGUUGCAGGCUAUUGCACGGGCGUAUGGGGUUGAAAUCAAUGUUGUGCAGGGUGAUGGGCGCAUGGAGAAGAUUGAGUCUGGGGAUGGGGAUAGUCUUGAUGAUAGGGAGAAGGAUAAGCGGGUUAUUUGGCUUGCUUAUUAUUCUCAUACAUAUUCCUUGGGAUCGCACUACAAUUUGCUGAAAACAUGUUAG